AAUGUACCUAUCACCGUAGGCUAACAGCAGUAGGCGGUUGUCAGUACAUCAGCAAGCGUAAUCCUCCUAAAGUAACUUGUACAAAGUUUCAGGGAUUAUCCAAAAUGUAGUAUUUAUAAAUAUCGCAUUCAAUAUUAAUGUAGGAGUUACCGUUGAGCGACUUGUCUUAAAAGCUACGAAACUGCGAGUGUUGACAGGAACACACGCCUAUGUUGAUACAGUAUGAAUAAUUUACAGUUCACUUUAAUUGUUGAACGUAACGGAACCAAAGCAGGACGGCCUCUCUUCAAGGCAAUAUAAAUUCUUACUGAAGGCGGACUUCCAAUAGAAUUACGAGGCUGAGAUAUCAGACAGCUCCCGCCAAUAGAUACGGUGACUACUGUAUUGUGUGAUCAGCCAGGCAAAGUACACUUUGUCAUUGAAACGGAAACUCUUACUGUGCAAACCAAUCGCUACCAGAAAAGAUUCUACUGAGAUGAGACUACAGACCUGGGUGCUGCUAUACAUUCUGCUUCCUUUCGUUGCCAUGGUUUCUAGUAUACCUCUCUAUGGGGACAUGGCGAUAUAUACAGACAAGCGCUCAGCAAACAGAGACUAUGCUGACAGCAUUGAUGAUAUCUUGAGUACAUUAAUAGCAACACAAGACCUAGGAAGAGAUAGACGUGGGUUUACCCCAGACGUAGGUUUAGGAUCCAGGUGGGCGUCUAUAGAGCAGCUCACCAAUCAGCUCUUAGCCCGUGAGCAUCUUAACAGCGGAAAUUCCCCAGGCCGGAGGUAGUUCAAACACAGUGGUCAAUUGACGACAAAAUAUCUUUUUUUCAUAUAACUAUAACAUGCAACAUUUAAGAAUAAAAAUGAAUGUUUUCACA